CUUUAAGAUUCUAUAAUAGACUCCACUGCAAGCUCUCACUAAACAGAGAAGUUAAGGACACGUACAUACACCGACGGAGAUAGAUAUAGAGAGCAAUCAUGGCGAAAAUUUUCGUUUCUUCUUCCUCACUUCCUCGACUUCUCUGCCCUAAAAGCUUCAGUUACAGGUGUGUAUCGGUAGUAUCUUUGUUAUCUACGGCGACAUCUCGGUUUCAGCGUCCCAAUAAACGUAUCAUUGGCACCAAUGAUAGAGUUUCGAGCUUCAGUUGGAGUGCUAGUUCCGGAGGGAACGCGGGGUCGACGGCCGUUCCAACGUCUGUUCCGGUUCGCGUAGCCCACGAGCUUCUUCAAGCCGGACACCGUUAUUUGGACGUCAGGACACCUGAAGAGUUCUGUACUGGACAUGCUGUUGGGGCUACCAACGUUCCUUACUUGUUGAGAGUUGGAUCAGGGAUGACGAAGAACCCUAAUUUUUUGGAGGAAGUAUUAUCACAUUUUGAGCAAGAUGAUGAAAUUAUUGUUGGAUGCCAGAUUGGGAAAAGGUCAUUAAUGGCUGCAACAGAACUUGUAUCUGCUGGUUUUACAGGGAUAACAGAUGUAGCUGGUGGGUAUGCUGCAUGGAUACAAACCGGACUUCCAACAGAGUCGUAACUUAUGGCAACCAGACACCUACUGGUCUAGUGCAGUUCUGGAGCAAAUAAGAAAAGUGAUGUAUAAACACAGCCAAUAUGGUGUACAAUUAGUGAAACCUGGUUUAGGGACGUGUUGAUGUAUAAGCACAACAAUAUAAUAAAGUUGCAUCUGGGUGCUACAAGUACCAAGGAUACUGGCAAA